CAUUUCUUUAUCGUGAUUUCACUGUGAGAUAACUUCGUGCCUGUAAUUUGCGUACGUCGCAAUCCGCGGUGUGAAUCAUACGCUAACGGUUUUCUUUUUACCAUCGCGAUUCGUACACGUGAUGUAAGGAUCUAAAGAAAUAGAUGUAUCUCUCGCCGAGCAACCAACCGUUAGUCGCGUUUGUGUAACACGUGUCGAUUAAAUGAGCGCGUUUAUCACUUGUAAACGCGUGGGUGUAACAUCAAGCAUCCUUUACGUAAUUCCACGUGCUCCCACGGGCUUUUGUCAAGAAUACAACGAAACAGUGGUGUAGUAGUUAUUUUCUCGAAAAGAUCGAGAAACCGCGUGACAGAUAAUGGCGUCGAUCAGGUGGUUCGUAGCUGGAGCUAGUGCUGUGGGUGCUGGUACUCUUACCUCGUAUUUUCUUCAGUCAGAUACUACGGUACACGCCGAGAAGAUAAAACCAAGACCACCCAGGAGGACUUUACCGACGCGGGAGGAUCAAAUAAAAACGUUAAAAUCGCAAGACUACGACAUUCUGAUAAUUGGAGGUGGUGCAACAGGAGCAGGAUGCGCUCUGGACGCUUGCACGCGAGGUUUGAAGACCGCACUGGUCGAGGCCGACGACUUUGCCUCUGGUACUUCCUCCCGCAGCACAAAGUUAAUUCAUGGCGGCGUACGGUAUUUACAGAAGGCAAUUAUGCAGUUGGACGUUGAACAGUAUAGAAUGGUGAAAGAAGCGCUUCAUGAGCGCGCGUCGAUGCUGCAAAGCGCACCGCACCUGGCUCAUCCGCUACCCAUUAUGCUACCAGUUUAUACAUGGUGGCAAAUUCCUUACUAUUGGUUCGGUAUUAAAAUGUACGAUCUAGUAGCGGGUAGUAAAACGGUGAAGUCUUCAUACUACUUGAGUAAAUCGAACGCUUUGGAACUCUUCCCGAUGUUGAAGGGCGACAAGCUGACGGGAGCUAUUGUUUAUUACGAUGGUCAGCAAGAUGACGCUAGGAUGAACUUGGCAGUCGCCUUGACAGCCUCGAGACACGGUGCAACAGUCGUGAAUCACGUUAAAGUAGUCAAUCUGUUGAAAGGCCUUGACAAGGAUGGUAAGCGAGUCCUUGUGGGAGCUCAUCUGAAAGACGAGCUCACCGGAGAGGAAUGGGACGUGAAGGCUAAGGCAAUUAUCAACGCAACUGGCCCCUUCACCGAUCACAUCAGAAAGAUGGAUGAUCAGAACGUUCCCGAAAUUUGCUGUCCGUCCUCUGGAGUUCAUAUAGUUUUACCGGGAUAUUACAGCCCCGACCAAAUGGGUCUACUCGAUCCAGCGACGAGCGACGGCCGAGUGAUUUUCUUCUUGCCAUGGCAGAAGCAAACUAUCGCAGGAACGACCGAUAUGCCGUGCGAGGUAACGCAUAAUCCACGACCUACGGAAGACGAGAUCAUGUUCAUUCUGCAGGAAGUCAAGAACUAUCUGAAUCCGGACGUCGAGGUACGUCGCGGAGACGUACUUUCUGCGUGGAGCGGCAUCAGGCCACUCGUUUCCGAUCCGAAUAAACCGAACACGCAAUCGCUCGCCAGGAAUCAUAUCGUGCACGUCAGUCCCACGAAUCUUAUCACGAUAGCCGGCGGCAAAUGGACAACUUAUCGAUCAAUGGCUCAAGAAACCAUUGAUGCGGCCAUAAAAGCUUGUGAUCUAGAACCGGAACGACCGUGUCAAACCGAUGGCUUUCUUCUGGAAGGUGCCCAAGGCUGGAGUCCUACGAUGUAUAUUAGAUUGGUGCAAGAUUUCGGUUUGGAAUGCGAAGUUGCGCAACAUUUGUCCAAGAGCUAUGGCGAUCGUGCGUUUGCUGUGUCUAAAAUGGCUUCCCUCACAGGAAAACGAUGGCCUAUUAUCGGGAAAAAAAUCCAUCCGGAAUUCCCGUACAUCGAUGCUGAGAUACGUUAUGGUGUACGGGAAUAUGCUAGAACCGCUAUUGACAUGAUCGCGCGUCGUCUGAGACUCGCUUUUCUCAACGUUCAAGCGGCCCAAGAAGCAUUACCAGUUAUCAUAGACAUCAUGGCCGAGGAAUUGCAUUGGUCGGCGGAGGAGAAGAAGAAGCAACAUCGCGAAGCCAGCGAAUUUCUCGCCAACGAGAUGGGUCAAAUGGUGAAUCGUGCUUCACGUGAUAAGAUCCCCAUCAAUCUCACGAAGGAUGAGGUUCAGCUUUACAUUAAACGUUUCGGAAUCAUAGAUAAGGACAAGAAAGGAUACGUUUCUAUCAACGACAUUAGGCGAGGACUAAAGUUGUUUGGAGACAAGGAAGUACCGGGCGAGGAACUUCAUGAAAUUCUACGCGAAAUCGACACCAAUAUGAACGGUCAAGUUGAAUUGGACGAAUACCUUCAGAUGAUGUCAGCUAUAAAAUCAGGCCAUGUGGCAUAUUCACGUUUCGCACGAAUGGCCGAAAUGGAGGAAGCACAACAUGAGAAGGAGAAGCUUAAGAAACAGAUAAGUGUGGAAAGAUCAGGCGGCGGGCUAUAAAGAAAUAUACCUGUAUUAUAAAGUUUGAAAGUAUUUUAACGUUUUAAUCUCUUCAUUCUGAGUUUACAUCUUUCAUUGUUGCAUCUGUAAUUAUUUAUUACAAAAUGCCGAUUUACACUAAAAGUACAUAUCUUGUCAAAAUUCGAUGUUUCAUGAAGUGACAACUAUCAUCACAAAUAUUUGAAAUAAUUCUCAGUGAUCUACAAAUGUUUUCUACCAAGUAAUGCGAUUUUAUAUAUAAUGUACAUAAUAAUAUUGUGUAAAUUAUUAAUUUUUAAUAUCUAUAUUUUUUCAUGAAAUAUUAUUAUGUAAAUUGCAUAAAAUUGCUAUUUAUCUCAAAGAAUGAAUAUGAACUUUGAGUGUUAUCUUUACCAAAUUUGGUCUAAGUGCAAUAUGAAUCACAAAUCAGAAUUAUGAUAUAGCUGUUUAGAUUUUGUAAUUACGAGUUUGAGUUGCUUGUCAAUGAACUUGUUAGCAAAAGAUUGAAAUUUGUUCUAUAAGAGAGAUUCUUUAUAUAGUUUUGUGUAUACGUAUUACUUGCAUAUAACAUUUGUAGUUAUACAAAUGUUAAACUAUUCUUGUCGCUCCUAUCUGUAUGUACAUAAUUCUAAUGCAUUACAUAGCUAAAAUUGUAUCUUACUCUUGUACCAAGAGUAUUAUACGAUUCUACAUAAUUCAAUAACAUUUAUAGUAUUAUUAAUGUACACAAUCUCUGCAUUACUUAAUUCAAUAUAAUAAUUUCCUAUUCCUAACAUUUAUAGCUAAUAUACGCGACAAAAUGCAUGAAUGAAUUCUAUAUAUUUAUAUAUAGAUAUAAGACAUUGUACAAAUUACAAAUAAUAUGCAAAUAUAUAUUAUAUAAUGUAACUAAAUUUCGUCCACUGGAUGGUAAUAUUGAAUUUUUGAAAGAAUUUUUUGAUUACAGAAUUUUUGAAAGAAAUUUUUUAUUACAGAAUUUACCUGUAAUAAAACUAUAAUUUGCAUUGCUCUCUUUUAUAUUUAUUAAUACAGAAUGGAGUUGUACAAAUUAUAAAUAUUGCCAAAGAUUAUCUGUACUGAAUCAGCACUAUAAUGUUACACAAUUUCAAUAUAAUUUAUCGUGUAAUUUAUUCCAUCAUCAUCGUCACGUCAAUAAAAAUAAUGGUAAAUAAGUAAUUGAGUACUACCUAUUUGGAAAUAUAAAAAUCUACUGCCUUAUCGUUUAAUCGUACAAGUUGAACAUUAAAAAAUAAAGAUCCUACUGUUAUUAAA